AAUCUUCAAAUUUUUUGUAUAGCUAUAUCUGACUUAAUACACUUAUCAGUUGCAAGGGGAAAUGUAAACAAUUUAAUAUUCUAAUCCCGUAUUUCCGUACUCCUCGUUUUUUUAAUAGAGUUACGUUGAUAUAUUGACUUAUAUUGAUAAGAUUCGAAGUAAGUUAAAAAGUUUUAUAACUUAUAACUAAAGUUGCUUAUGUGCUCUUAAAAUUAAUUAUUUCAUUUAAGUUUAAUUUCGUUUUAAAAAUAAAUUACUAAAAUGACCGACCAUUUCGGUCCAAUUACUCUAAAAUGGGAUCCAAAAAAUUUGGAAAUACGUACUAUGUCUGUAGAAAAAACAUUAGAACCACUUGUAUUACAAGUAACUACUUUGGUUAACACCAAAGGGACAUCACGAAAAAAGAAAGGACGAUCAAAGCGAGCUCAUGUGUUAGUUGCUGCUGUAGAAAAAGCUACUGAAAACUUUAUUGAAGUUGGUGAACAAAUUGCAUAUGAAAAUCCAGACAUCAAACAAGAAAUGUUAGCAGCUGUCGAAGAAGUUAGAAAAACAGGUGAUGCUAUGAGUAUUGCUGCGAGAGAAUUUGCUGAAGAUCCUUGUGCAUCUGCUAAACGUAGUAAUAUGGUAAGAGCAGCCAGAAAUCUUUUAUCUGCAGUUACACGACUUCUUAUACUUGCUGAUAUGGUUGAUGUGCAUUUGUUGUUAAAGUCCCUUAGAGUGGUGGAAGACGACUUAGAAAAAGUUAAAAAUGCUUCUAGUCAAGCUGAGUUACUUGAUAACAUAAAGGUAUUUGGUAAAAGUGCUAGUGAGCUCAUGAGCCAAGCUGCAAAACGCCAACAAGAACUAAAAGAUCCACAGUUACGUGAUGAUUUAGCUGCAGCACGAGCAAUUUUAAAAAAACAUUCCACUAUGCUUUUGACUGCUUCUAAGGUAUAUGUGCGGCAUCCAGAACUUGCUGCAGCUAAAGCUAAUAGAGACUUUGUAUUAAAGCAAGUAUGUGAAGCUGUAAAUACCAUAAGUGAUGUUGCUCAAGGCCGAUCUGCAGCCAUGAAUGAUAAUGGUAAUCAAAUUUAUGAUGGACCAGGAGAAUUGGCAGCAGCUUUGGAUGAUUUUGAUGAAAGAAUGGUAAUGGAUCCUUUAGUUUAUAAUGAAGUCCGUACUCGACCAUCAUUAGAAGAGCGUCUUGAAAGUAUAAUUAGUGGUGCUGCCCUCAUGGCUGAUUCUUCUUGUACUCGUGAUGAACGAAGAGAAAGAAUUGUUGCUGAGUGUAAUGCUGUUCGACAAGCUUUACAAGAUUUGCUAUCUGAAUACAUGUCUAACCAAGUGCAACUCCAAAGGGUCGGAAAAAGGAUGAGUGUAAAAGAAACAAGUGAAGGUUUAGAACGAGCUAUAGAUCAUAUGUGCCGUAAAACAAGAGAUCUUAGACGCCAACUUCGUAAAGCGGUUGUAGAUCAUGUGUCUGAUAGCUUUUUAGAAACAAGUGUUCCUUUACUUGUGUUAAUUGAAGCUGCUAAUUCAGGAGAUGAAAAAGAAGUUGAAGAAUGUGCUUUAGUUUUUACCGAACAUGCUAAUAAAUUAGUUGAAGUUGCUAACCUUGCUUGUAGUAUGUCUAGUAAUGAAGAUGGAGUAAAAAUGGUACGUACUGCUGCUGCUCAAAUAGAAAGCUUAUGUCCUCAAGUUAUUAAUGCUGCUAGAGUUUUAGCUGUUCGUCCUCGUUCUAAAUUAGCUCAAGAUAACAUGGAUGUUUUUCGAGAUGCGUGGCAAGCUCAAGUUAGACUACUAACUGAAGCCGUUGAUGAUAUAACUACUAUAGAUGACUUUUUAGCAGUUUCCGAAAGCCAUAUCCUUGAAGAUGUCAAUAAAUGUGUUCUUGCUUUGCAAGAAGGUUCAGCUGACCCAUUGGAUCGAACAGCUGGUGCAAUCAGGGGCCGUUCUGCUAGAGUUUGCAAUGUUGUAGCUGCUGAAAUGGAUAAUUAUGAGCCUGGUAUUUAUACUGAACGAGUUCUAGAAGCUAUAAAAGUACUUCGUGAUCAAGUGAUGCCAAACUUUGCACAACGUGUUGAGUUAGCUGUAGAUGCAUUGUCUACAAAUCCACCAAAAGAAGUUGAUGAAAAUGAUUUUAUUGAUGCUUCUAGACUUGUGUAUGAUGGUGUUCGAGAAAUUCGACGAGCUGUUCUAAUGAACAGAACUGAUGAAGAGUUGGAUCCUGAAGAUAUAGAUUUUGAGGAGCAUUAUACUGUAGAAUCUACACGAAGUAGAUCUAGUGCGCAUACCGGAGAACCUUUAGAUGAAUAUCCAGAUAUUAGUGGAAUCACAACAGCUAGAGAAGCAAUGCGAAAAAUGACUGAAGAAGAUAAACAAAAAAUAGCCCAACAGGUUGAAUUUUUCAGAAGUGAAAAAUUAAAAUUUGAUCGUGAAGUAGCCAAAUGGGAUGAUACUGGAAAUGAUAUAAUUGUACUUGCGAAACACAUGUGCAUGAUUAUGAUGGAAAUGACAGAUUUUACUCGUGGAAGAGGACCUUUGAAAACUACUAUGGAUGUUAUUAAUGCAGCUAAAAAAAUUUCAGAAGCUGGUACAAAAUUAGAUAAACUUACUAGACAAAUUGCUGAUCAAUGUCCUGAAUCUUCUACUAAAAAAGAUUUGUUAGCUUACCUGCAACGAAUUGCACUAUACUGUCAUCAAUUAAAUAUUACAUCCAAAGUUAAAGCUGAUGUUCAAAAUAUUAGUGGAGAACUUAUUGUAUCUGGGUUGGAUAGUGCUACGUCAUUAAUUCAAGCAGCUAAGAAUUUAAUGAACGCAGUUGUAUUAACAGUGAAAUCUUCAUAUGUUGCCAGCACAAAAUAUCCUAGACAAGGAGCCGAUUUACAAAAACUUGUUGUAUGGAAGAUGAAAGCUCCUGAAAAGAAGCCAUUAGUAAGGCCAGAAAAACCUGAAGAAGUGCGCGCAAAAGUUCGUAAAGGUUCUCAAAAGAAAGUUCAAAAUCCAAUUAAAGCUCUAAGUGAAUUUCAGAGUCCAACUGAAUCAGUAUAAGAGAUAAAAAUUUAUAUUUUAUUAAAUGAAAUAAACAUAGUGUAAUAUGUUAAUUUAUUAUAACUAUAUAAUACUUUUAAAAUGUAAUUUGUUUGUAGUUUUAAUUAAUACCAUUGACUAUAAGUACUAUUAUAAAUAUUUAUACUCAAUAUUAAUACUGUUGCCAAAUAUUAUGUAUGAUAAAUUUAGCUAUUUAUAUUUCUACAUUUAUACUAUUCAAUUAUAAUUUUAUCAAUUGUGUUUGUGAUUAUCAGUAUUUAAUGUCUGUUCAAUACUGAAGAACUACUUAUAAAAAAAAAAAAAAGUUUCUCUAAUUACUUACUUUUUUAAUUUAGAAAAGUUUUAACAAAAAUGUUUCUCUAUAUAUAUAUAUUAGAUAAAUAGAUUAUUACUUGUAAUUAUUGAAUAAUAAUUUGUUUAUAUAUUUUAUAAUUUUUAUGUUUAAUCAUGAAUUUCUUUAUUUUAAUUAGUCCGUCCGUAGUGAUAUACAUAGUUCUAUAAAUAACUUAUUAUUUAUUUAAUAAAUGUCGGCUUGUAUGGAAAAUUUGGAUAUCUUUUAAAUGAUAAUGGUAAAAUAAUCUUCAUAAAACAAAAUACAUUAAAAUUUGUAAAUUUGCUAUUCACUUUCUAGUUUUCACAACAAAAAUUUAUAUAUUUAUAUGUCUUAUUAAUAUUAAAAAUAAUUUUUUUAGCUGCAUAUUUAGAUAAAAAAAAGUGUUAAUCUUUAUAUGAUUUAUUUGUGACUAAUUAUUUAUACUUUUAUGAUAUAUUAUAUGUAUUAUUAAAAUAUAUAUAUACAAGUAAU